AGGCUGGUACCACGAGAUAUACAGGUUGAGCGACAAAAUGAACGGCCAAUUGAACGACUUCCGCCUCGCGAACCUAGAGAUGAUAGGUAAUUAUCUCCUCAUUGUACUCAUUCCAUCUACCUGACGUUAACAAGGAUGGUACCACGGGAAAUAGAGCGACGAGAUGACAGGCAAGUUCCUUGUCUUUAAUUUUGUGCUAGACAGUAUUCACCCCUCCGUUAUCCAGGCCAUUGGAACGACUCCCCCCACACUCACUCCUCGCGAAAUGGAACGGAUACCCCCGCGGGAGCCUCGUAUGCCUCCACGGGAAAGAAGCCUGAUCCGGGAAGAAAGAUUGCCGCCUAGGGAGCCCCGAGAUCUACGAGAUAUACCGCGAGAGGCAAGAGAUAUACGUGACCUCCCGCGGGAGCCCCGGGAGAUACGCGAUUUACCUCGGGAACCACGAGAAAUUCGUGAUUUGCAACGGGAACCUCGUGAUAUACGUGAUUUACCACGGGAGCCCAGGGAGAUACGUGAUGUGCCCCGAGAGCCACGCGAUAUACGUGAGUUGCCUAGGGAUCCGAGAGAAAUACGCGACGUACCUAGGGAACCAAGAGAAGUGCCUCGAGAGCCGCGAAGUGAACGUGAUCGUGGGGCAGGACCGGGUGGAUGGGCACCGUGGUCUAGGGAGGAGGGUUGGUGGUUUGGUGGAAGAGAGAGGGAGAGGAGGGAAAGAGAGAGAAUGGAUGUUCGGACCAUUGACAGAGAACGUCUAGAAGCAAGGGAGAGGGAAAGGGAAAGAGAGCGAGAAAGAGAGAGGGAGAGGGAGCGAGUUUCGCCUCAGGGGCGCACGAUACAUGAUGUGAACAGGGAGAGGGAGCGAGAGAGAGAGAGGGAAGUGUUCCGCUCUCCAGCGAUGGCGAGUCUUGGUAUGGAUAACCCAUACGGGCCAGCCUUGAGGAGAGAUGACAAAACAGCAUCCAGACCAAUUAACCCUACUCCCAUCAACCCCGCACGCUCAAUCGUUGAUGAAAGGGAGCGGGCUGAACGAAUAGGUGAACGAAUGGAGAGGGACCGUAUAGAGAGGGAACGUAUUGACCGAGAACGCAUGGACCGCCAUACACCUAAGCCAUUCGGUCCAGGUUCACUCCCUCAGCGACAAUUCCAAAAUCAGUUCCACACGCAGUUCGUUCCAGCCGCAUCUGGUCCUGCCGGUAUUCCAAUGGGAGGACCUCCAGGGAUCGUCUUCGACAAUUCAAACAAGAAACAGGAGCGAGAGAUGGUACGAGACUCUCGGGGAGGAAAGAGACCGAGGUUAUCUCGACCCGUUCGGAGCAAGGUGAAAUUACACAUGGGAACAUAUAUUUGGCCUAAGGUUCCAUUCCCCUUUCACUUCCCUCCGCCGACACCCAAGGAGGAGUUCCCGCCGUUACCAAAUCCAGUAAAGGAAGGCGAGGAAGAUGCAAUCAUUGUGGAUUGUGAACGGAUAGCUGACAUCCUCGUGCCGAGUGGAUUCUUUCCCGAUUCCCGGCCACCCCCCGGGAAGACCAAAGUAUGGGGUGGCGGUGACUCGGAAAGGAGAGUUUACACGGACGAUUCUGAUCUCUUUUCAUGCGCUGUGCACGCAGGUUGGGUCACGUAUAGCGGUGCAAGAAAGGCUAAGAAGGAAGGGAACGAUUUGAGAGUACGUGUAAGGAUCAUCCGGGUCUCGGGAAGAGGUCCGGAGGUCGGUCAUUCCAAGGAGGAGGUCAUUGGCCGUUUCUUGGGUGGAUGGGGUGAAGGCGAGGGCGAAGGCGAAGAGGACGAUGGACGGGGAAUGAUGAGCUGUGGAUGGGGAACAGGUCACGAUGGGAGUGCUAUUGAGGUACUCGGAGUGGAGUGGGUCAGCAAACGAGGCGGUAGGGGGAAGGUAGGGCGAAAUCAGAGAUUGGAUGAGUAUGCGCAAAGAAGGCAGGAAGUUAUGUCUAGGCCUGAGGAAUCAGAAAUGAUCACGAUGAGAUUUGGAUAGCACUUUGGUUUACAUACAUAAUUUAUUUUUCUGUAUUUCAUUUUGUUCGUGGUGGAAGCUGACGCCCAUAACGAUACACAAGUACGUAAGCCCCUGAAGCGCGGGUUACUCAGCUUGUCUCCUUCCGGAUCCA